UUUAGAAAGCAAAUAAUUUAAUAUAAUACUUACAGCUUUCAGUUCUGUAUCACACAACUUUAUUGAAUAAACCAAAAAAAGUAUUUUAGAACACACAAUUUGCAUACGCUCACCGUGGUGCAUUUAACAAUUUCGCAUUUUGUGUGCAAAGGUGAUUUUGAACAUCCAAAGUAAAAUUAUUUUGAAUUAAACAAUGGAAAUUAAGACUGAAUAUGAACCGGAAUUUGGUCCAACUGAAAUGGUAUUUGAAACAGUUGAUAUUCCGAGUUCUUCCAAGAAAAUUGCGAAAUGGUCAAACACUGACACGAGGUUGCUAAUGGAUUUUCAUAAAAACUUAUUAAAAGAGGUUGGUCCGAAGAAAAGGUUUCUGCAUAAAAAAGAUAUGUGGCUCGAAAUUUCUUCAAAGAUUCCAAAUAAGACCCCUAAGCAAUGUGAAGAGCGAUAUAAGACUGUUCUUAAAAGAAAGAAAAAGGGCAAAGAAAAAGUCUACUUAUCAGAGGCAAGAAGGAAAACCAUCGAUUUAGAAGCUAAAUAUUGCGUCGAAAAUACAUUCGAAAUCGUUAGGAAGCAUCCAAUUGAUUCUGAAAUGGAUGAUAACUCAGCACCCUUCAAACGAGUUUUUAUUUGGACAAACAGUGAAACGAAGCUGCUAAUGAGUCUUUAUAGAACCUUAAUAUGGGAAGUUGGAAAAAGAUUCGUAUAUCAAAAAGAAAUGUGGGCCGAAAUUGCAACACACUUUCCAGAAAAGACUGCUAAUCAAUGUGAACAGCGAUACAAGACAGUACUUAGAAGAAAGACAAAAGGCUUUAUAACGAAGGCAAAAAGGAAACCUGUGGAUAUUAAAGCCAGGGAUUGUGUUGAAAGUGUGGAGAAUAAGGAAAUUAAAGUGCUUAUCACAGAGAAGAAAGAGGAUACUAUCACACAGGAGAACGAUGAAGCAACGAUAGUGAAUAAUGAUGAAUCUAUUACGCAGGAUUAUAAGGAGCCUCAUACUAGACAAGAGAAGAAGGAGCUUACCUUACACGAGAUUUUGUUGCAAAUAGCUGCAAAGAAGGAAGAAGCAAAGGAAAGGCGUCAUAGAGAAAAGAUGGAAGCUACUAAACAGUUACAAAAUAUAUUGCAACAAAUUCUGAGCAGUCAAAAUAACUAAUAUUAAAUAAAUACAAGUGUUUUAUUACAAAGAAAAAUGUACAAAUAAAAUCGUUUUUAAGUUUUAGCGCUAAA